UUUUCCCUGCUUUUUUCGGUGCUAUGAUCAGAUAAUCGGAAUAGGAGGACCCCCGUAUGAUUGUUUGCAGGUAGAAGGCUGAAAAAGAUACGAUUUAAAAUGAGGGUUUUAUUGAAGAUAUUGGAGUUACUAAGACCACUUGCAGAAAACAAAGCAUGGGACUACUGCAUUGUUUGGAAGAUCGGUGAUGAUCCUUCAAGGUGUAUUGAGUGGAUUGGGUGCUGUUGCAGUGGUAGCCAAGGUGUAUGUAAAAAUGUCAAAGAGGAAAACGAUGAAAUCGAGCUUCAUAUGCCUUAUCUUUGCAAAGAUACUUAUAUUAAACAUUCCCUAAGAACAAAUGCUUGUGAAAAACUUGCCAUGAUUCCUUCUUACUUGCCAUUAUAUCCUGGGAUCCAUGGAGAAGUAGCAAUGUCUAAACAACCAUUUUGGCUAAGUAAUGAUUUAACUGGAACUCAACUAGUAGUUCCUGUUAAUGGUGGUCUAAUCGAGCUAUUUAGAACAAAAUUUGUUCCCGCUGAUCAAAGUAUGAUAGAAACCCUUAUGGCACAGUUGGGCAUUAUCGUUGAUUAUGGGUUCCAUGGAAAAGAUUCGAAAACUCGUUUGAAUCCGUAUCCUUACCAUCACAUUGUUCCUAAACUGGAGCUCCUUUUCCCAGUUCCACAACCCAUUUCUAUAGACUCCACUCAUGUUUCUCAAAAUCGAUUCAUUGAUGAAUCGAAAAACUCACUGGGAUAUGGUAAUUCAGGGGAUGGAAAAGAAAUCAGGAAGGUUAAUCACAAGAUAGGGAAAGAACAGUUCCAAUCAAAGAAUCUUGUUACUGAAAGAAACCGAAGGAAACGAAUGAAGGAUGGUCUCUAUACUCUACGUGCUUUAGUCCCGAGGAUUUCUAAGAUGGAUAAAGCUGCAAUAGUUGGAGAUGCAAUUGAGUACAUAAAAGAGUUGGAAAAGAAUGUGAAGGAACUUCAAGAUGAGCUUAAGGAACUGGAAGAACAAGAUUGCAUGAUGAACAAUUUUGAAGCGGAGGUUUGCAAACCGAAACGAGCAUAUGAAAGCUCUACUCAAACGUCUCCUAAACCGCAUUUUCGUGUUUCAAAUGUUGCUGAUAAAAAAAUAUCUGAGGUGCAAGUGGAAGUACACCAAAUUGGUGCUCGAGAUUUCUUGCUGAAACUAAUUUGCAGUCACAAAUCCGAUGGCUUUCUGAGGAUCUUGGAGAUGGUUGAUUCGUUGGGACUUGAAGUAAUCGAUGUUAAUGUCACCACUUGUCAUAGCCGCGUGUUGAACAUUCUCAAAGUGAAGGCGAAAGGGAAGGAGGUUUCGGCCAAGAAUUUGAAAGACUCGUUGCUUCUCGGUUGGUCGUGUUUGAAAGUUGAUCGCGAAAAGAAGCCGUCGAUGCGGGCAUUAUAG